UGCGAUGCCCUCAAGUAGAUUUUCCAAGCAUGCCUUGUAUACUCGUUCCAAUGAACGUGGAAGACGAAUCCAGACUCCGCAUGAGGCAGCUAACAACUCGGUAGUGGCUCGCCGUGUUCGGGAGUAUGCGGCCAAUCCUGUGCAAGAAGUUGGGUAGUAAAUCCUAAAUGGAAGACGCGUCAGUCCAUGGCUGUGCGCCUCUGCUGGGGGUCCGUACGCCCGGGGACACUCCUUUUCUUGAUUAUAACAUAUCCCAACCACCCCCAACUCCUCUAACAUUGUGCACAUUGGUUGUUGUUGGGGAGGUAAAGAAUCACCAUGCCGAAAAGAAGACGUGACCAUGACGAUACCCAAUACAACAAGGGCAAUAAGGAGCCCGCAUUACAGCGCAAGUUGCAGGGUCUCCCAGUAGUCGAUGGAUCUCGGUUCCAGAAUUAUGGUCGAGCGACCCUAGGGCAACGACGACGUGCGCCACAGGUCACCCCGCCUCCGCCUGCUGCCAGCCUACAGCUAGUCCUUGCCACGGAUCCCUACGGGCAGCUGACAGAACAAGCUCCAGAACGGGAAAGAAGAGGUCGUCGCCGGCGAGGUUCUGAGACAACGACCACCGAACCAGUCAACGCCACAGUCGAAACCUCGGAGACGGCUGGGCCCCAGGCUCCCGCUCGAAGACCGCGAACCAUACAACCUACAGAAUCUAUUGUGGAUUCGUCGUCAGGGCAAGCACAGACUAGUACAAGCCGUGCUGAGUCUCAUACCGAUCGAGUUCCCGGGAAGCGUCGAACCGCACCACGCAAGACAACGAAGGUCUCUGCUUCGGGUUCUGGGGGUCCUUCGCAAGCUAUUCUGUUGCCCACCUCUUCUCAAUCCCCUUCUUCUACCUUUCAGGCUCUUCCUCAUGGAGGCGAUGGCCAGGGUGUUGCUGACCACUGGAGGGUACCUGAUCCUAGGAACAUCCGCCCAGAUACCCCUCGUAUUGGAAGAACACUUGAAUCCUUGGGACCGCACGUUUAUAAGUCUUCCAAUACCUUAGAAAGAAGCACCAUGGCCGAUCUGCGUUCGGGUGCUGAAGUGCAUGCCUAUACAGGACCUGCGGUGGCGCCACACUGGCCCGUGCCACCAGCCUCGCGGCGUCCAUCAUGGCGUGCUCACAUAUUGCAUCAAGUCGGACCUGGUUCGAGUAACGACGACUGGACUGCUAUGCCGUCCCAGUCUGAGAGUCCUACAGUGACCACGCAGCCGCACCCGGAUGUCUACACGGCACCUAGACUGUAUGCUGGUCCAGUACAAAGGACGCCGCAGCAAUAUCCAGAGACGUUGAGCGGACCAGCAUAUGGAUCAUCGGAACAACGUCAUCCAGGUGUGUACGAAGCACGCACUUCUUCCUCGUCGUUGGCAGGUGCACUAGAAGAGAGGCCGUUGUGGACGUCUGUCGGUCUCCAGCGAAACACGGGAACAAUUGCGCCCUGGCAGCAGUCUGUGGGACCAUACCCAGCCGCUCCGGUUCGCAUGGGCUUGCGCAACGUACAUCGCCGGACGACAACGUCAGAGAGACAGAUCCCUUCGGCUAGGCGUUACCCCCAUACGGGACCGAUACCCGGGCCUGAUCACUCGCAGCAGCGAGAGGAGGCGUGGUUGAGCCCUGCGAGUGGUCAUCCGCCGAUGUUCGCACCAGAUCCUCCACCAUAUACGGCACGGGCAUUGCAACCGCAAACUGCGUUGCGCACAGAUCUGGAGUACCCUGUACCCGCCCCGAAUUUGGGCAGGCAGCAACAGCUGCCGUACGCCGACCCAACGUACCCGCCGUAUGAGAUGCGCUCUUACCCUGCUGCGUCGUCAGCGACGUUUGACGCGGGUGGUAUUCCUGAGUACGCUAGGCAGGGAUCGACGCAGCUCACACCUCCAUCGCUUCCAGUGCUGGUGCACGCAAGCGGCGCUAUCGCCGAUCCGUACGGUGCUGCGUCAAGCAUGUCCUUUGCGAAUAUACCCAGCUAUCCUGUCACGCAAGGCCCCAUCUCGGACGCGUCGAGAGAUGAGACGGCGCGCUCACCUUCAUACGAGGCUUUCUCAUCAUCACUUGACGCGUAUUCCUUUGAGGCCUUUCAACCUGAACUUGAAGGAUCAGAUUAGUCUCCCCGGCGUAUAUCUCAUCAUCACAGGCGGCGCCGCGGCCUUCGAGCACUACGUUAUCCGGGACACAUCUCACUUUGCAUACGCUCCGGGACCUGUAUAACUGUUUCUGACUGUAUCAACCCUCUUAGAAUCCUGCACAUGAUCACGACUGUCGUAGAGAGGAUGCAUUGCAUAGUUCUUUCCGCACGCUACAGCAUCACUAUAGCAUCGCUAUGAUUGUCUGU